AUGGCGGCAGAGGUCCCCGUGCCUCCACAGUACAUUCCGCAGCCCGUGACAGACUUUCGCGGGUUCCCGGAUGGUCCCCGAGGCUUUAAAGUCGGAGUGACGAAGAAGGGCGUGCUAGGCCAGAAGAGGAGGCUGGAGGAGUACGAAGAACAGGUGGAGAAGGAGCAGGAGGAGCAGGCCAUGGCGGGCGAGGUGCAGCCAUUCGGACCCAGGAAAAAAGUGAAGCACAACACCCAUGGCCUGGCCAAGGUGUCUGGGCGUAGCUGGAAGCAGGCAGGCGAGCGUGCAGGCACACUCCGCAACCCCAAACUGUCCACCAGCUGGGAUGAGAAAAUGAGGAUAAAAGCGGAGAAGGCUUCCUUUUUGGAACAGAAGCGGGAGUCGCAGGCCGCUUGGAAGGCGAAGAAGGGGAUGCUCAAGUCCCAGCGCGAGGAGGUGCUGCGCAAGAAGGAGGAGAACCGCAAGAAGAGCGAGGUGACGGUGCGGGUGUCCAGCGCCACGGCCAAGAAGAUGCAGAAGAGCAAGAAGGCGCGGAAGGCGCUGAGGACCGGGGAGUAG